GCGGUCUCGUGUUCGCGCUUGUGUGUUAUUCGUUCGAUCGACCGCGAUUUUUCUGCAUAAUAUAUCAUCUGGUAAUUCAUGAUUAUAAUGAAAUGCUAAAACUACAGUUUGCGUGUAUGCGGUUCGGAUUAUGUUCUUACAUUAUACGAUGCGAUGUCCAUAACCGAAAAACCAUCGUAAUGUCCUUAAUCGUUGAAUUGUAUUUUUUAUACAUUCGUCCGACGUAAAAGCUGAAUAAUAAAUGGCUACUUUGGAAAUUACGACUUACGGGAGGCCACCGAGUCGUGGAGACAUGGCGACAAUAAUAGAUGGACGAAACAAACGGCUCAAGAUUGGAAAAACAAUGAGGAGAACAUCACCAAUACCCGUUCUUCCUCCUAGAAUUCCUACACCUAUGCCAAAUCAACCAAAAGAUAGUUCCUCAAAACUGAAAAUUGCCAAAUACGAAAAGACAUAUCAAUCUUCUAUAGCGGCUCGUAUGUUACUAUUUACAACUGAUUCUGAAAAAGACAAUGAAAAACGCAUCGUAAAUUAUAAGUACCACAGAAAAUAG